AUGUAUCCGGUCUAUGAUGGCUCCAGAAACAGCACCCCUGUUCCUGAUGGAGACCUCCUUCUUCCAACACGCCGGUCCCGGAGCGCCCUGACCAGACCAUCUCCACACCUGGCACAGGUGCAGAGGAGGGACAGCAUGGCCGUGGCCUGCAGGAAGGCCAGGCUGCUCUGCAUGACCAUGAUGCUCGUCUGCGUCCUGGCGGGCGUGUCCUGGAACCUCGGGCGGGACAACAGCGACCCCCCGAAGGUUCGACUCCCGUCCAAGAGGUUUUGGCACCAACAGGCGCCGAGCAAAUACUUCUGGAACAGGGAGCAGCAGCGCCUGGACCUGAUCCACAACCCCAUCAUCAACUCUCUGCCCAGGGACUCUCCCAUCGAGCUGCCCGAUUGGCUGAACGACACCGGGCCAGACGACCCCUGCGAACCGGACUACAGAGUCCCCACGCAGAUCUCGGACUACAACACCCUGCCGCCCCGCUUCCGGGAUUUCCUCCUGCACAUGCGCUGCAGGACGUACCCCAUGCUGAUGGACCAGCCGCGUGUUUGCGACCAGAAACCCUUCCUGCUGCUGGCGGUCAAGUCCCUGAUCCCGCACUUCGACCGGCGCCAGGCGAUCCGCGAAACGUGGGGCCGCGCGGGCACCUUAGCCAAUCGCACCGUGGCCACAGUGUUCCUGCUCGGCAACGCGUUGCCGGUGGACCACUUCCCUGACCUGCUGGGGAUGCUGGGCCACGAGGCAGAGCUGCACAAAGACCUCCUCUUGUGGGACUACAGGGACACCUUCUUCAACCUCACCCUGAAGGACGUCCUCUUCCUGGAGUGGUUCAGCCAAACCUGUCCCCACGCUCGGUACGUCCUCAAGGGGGACGACGACGUCUUUGUCAACACCUUUCGGAUCAUUGAGCUCCUGGAAGGCCUUUCUGACGUCAAGGCCAAGGAUCUGUUCGUGGGCGACGUUAUCAAGGACGCCGGUCCGCAGCGAGACGGGAAACUCAAGUACUUUGUCCCAGAGAGUGUCUUCAUGGGGCAGUACCCGGCGUACGCAGGAGGCGGGGGGUAUCUCUACUCUGGGGAGUUGGCGCUACGCCUUCACGACGUGUCUCAGCAGGUGGCGCUGUACCCCAUUGACGAUGUCUACACGGGGAUGUGUUUGAACAAGCUGGGCCUGGUUCCCGAGAGUCACAGCGGAUUUAAGACGUUUGACAUCGAGGAGAAGUACAGGGACAACUUGUGCGUCUACAGGAACCUGAUGCUGGUCCACAGCCGCACGCCACAGGACUUGUUGAAGAUCUGGACCUGGAUCACUCAUCCGGAGCUGGCCUGCCAGUGAACACCUUCUUUUUUUUUUGCACUGUUGAGUUUGAUUGUGAGUGUGAGUCAGACUAUAGACAGCAGGGCUGUAGGUCUAGAGUCCGGUCUUGGAAUCGAGUCCGGACUCAAGACUGUUUUUCUGUGGUCUCGGACUUGUC